AUGGGAGGUCCUGCAGUGAAGGCUGCAGCGGAGACACUCGGGGGGGCGUGUACGGAGGUAACAGAAGGGAGCGAAUCAACUGAAGUGUCGUGUCGAUGCGUCUGCAAGCCGACGUUCUACAACAGCUCCGGAACGUGCAUAUCAUGUACGGACUCGUGCGCUGUCUGCAAGGAUGGCACACUAACCGGCUGCCAGCAGUGCAGCCCUGGCAAGAUCCUAAGCUUCUCGAUCGUCUCCAGCGAGAGUGCAGACUGUGUCGAUCAGUGUUCUGUUAGUAGUGAGUGUGCAGAAUGCGGCAUCACCAUCGACGGCAGCAGGUACUGCACGCGCUGCAAGGACGCAAGCACGUAUCCGUUCAACGGGGUGUGUAUUCUGAACACACAAAGGGACGCGUACUGCACCAGCAAGGCAAAUGGCGUCUGCACCACCUGUUCCUCAGGCGCCUUCCUGAUGAACGGGGGCUGCUACACAACGGAGCACUAUCCGGGAAGCACUAUCUGUGGUAAGCAGUCAAACGGAAAGUGUGAGAAGACCAAGGAGGGGUACGGGAUAUCGCCCGAUGGAAAGCUGCUGGAGUGCGAUCCGACAUGUCUGGCGUGCACCGCCCCUGGCCCCGGCCGCUGCACCAGGUGCCCCUCUGGAGCGCUCCUGAAGAGGGCCUCGGGUGCCGCCACCGGGAGCUGCGUCGGCCUUAAUGCCUGUGUAGACGGGUACUAUGCAGACGGAGACGCGUGCCUGCCCUGCGCCACUCCGGGGUGCAAGACCUGCGGGCAUGCCUCCUUCUGCACAGAGUGCGCGGGGGAGCUCUUCGUGAGCCUGGACGGGCGGUCGUGCCUGGGGGAGUGCACCGGGAACAAGGUGGUGGGAGAGGUGCCCGGCGGCGUGCGGAGGUGCUGGUGCGAACGGGGCUUCUACAGCCAUGGUCCAAGGGUCGCACGAAUAAACCCACCUCCCCGCUCCUGUGUGAAGACGGGGACGAACCAGGCCCGCUCGACCUCGGUGACCGGUAGUCCUUCCUCUCCCCAGUCGGUCUGA